AAGCGUCGUCAGAGGAGUAAGCAAGAAUCCUGCUCCGAACCUGACCUUUGACAAUCCUUUGUCUGUCAAGACUCUGUCUUUGUCCAAGCCUUCCACGCCUAUGAAUCCGCUUAGUAAUCCGUGGUAUCGGCCCGACCCGUCGACCACCUUCCGAAGAUAUCUUGCGGCCGUCCGACCACAAGGUCAAUUGCUGGCAACAUACCACGCUUCUCCUGAGCGUUUGGUACAGCACGACGAUUUUUACUCAAUGACACACCAAUCAAAGAAGAAACGCAUCGAGGAUGACCCUCUUCCCACCGAUGCUGGCGCAAAACCUAUACAGCUUCAGCGGCGUAGAGUCUGGAGGGCAUGUGAAAGUUGCAGACGAAAGAAGAUCAAGUGUGACGGAUGUGAGCCCACUUGCUCUCAGUGCCAGUCAUCUGGAUCGCAGUGCACUUGGCUUCAGACCAAGGACAGAGCGGCUUUAAGUAGACACUAUGUCCAGGAACUGGAAGCGCGUCUCUUGCACAUGGAGUCGCUUUUCUCUCAGAUUACCCCUGUACUUGAACAGUUGGGGCCAUCCUUGAAUUUGCCCAGCGUUGCUGGAACCUCAACUGGAGGCAGUGAAGGCUUUCCACAGGCUUCCACUGUGCUCCAAGCAAUGUCAUCCAAGGCUCUUGUGGACACCCACAGCAACGUCUCCUCGCCAGAAUCUUCGUCAAUCAAAGUAGAAGACGAUGUCUCCGAGUCUUUCGGACAGCUUGCACUGGAUGAGCACGGCCACAUGCGCUGGAUAGGCGGUUCUUCCACCAUGUCUCUCAUACAAUCCUUCCGUACUCUCACGACAUCUCCGCUCCACAGAGUCUCUCCAAUGGAGGAAGACCCACGCGCGCCUGGCCCUAGUGUCAAUAAACUAUAUUUCCCAGCCUCUGUCUUCUUUGGGAAGGUUCAUGCUCUCCCAGGCCCAGAAGAAGUCGAAUACCCGGACGAGGACCUUUGCGAUAAGCUGGUGGAAACCUAUUUCGAGCGUCUUCAUUUUCUGAUGCCUAUUCUCGAUAAACCCUCGUUCAUGCCAAGAUACAAGCAAUUAAUGGCGAAGCGUGAUGACACUGAUUUUAUUCAAGCAGAGGCUUCCUUCAUCUCCGUCGUCUUCGCAGUGUUUGCCUGUGCAGCACACCUAGUCAACGACCCCCGUCUGACUUGCGAAAACCCAGAUGAUGGCGGCGCGGGGAUGAUUUACUAUGAGAGAGCUCUCAUAUUGCACUAUAUCAGCCACGCAUCCAUUCAGGUGUCUCACGUCCAAUGCUUCAUUCUCAUGUCUUCGUUCCUGUGUUCGGUCAACUGUCUUCCGCAGGCCUGGUUACUCGUGGGACAGGCAGUGCGAACUGCUCAAGACUUGGGUUUACAUCGAUCCCCGCGCCGCCUCGCGAUCUCUACCACCGACAAAGAGACUCGGCGAAAAAUAUGGUGGAGCGUGUACUGCCUGGAUCGCAUGCUCGCUCUCGCUCUCGGCCGUCCACUUGGGAUCGAAGACUCUGACUGCGAUGUUGAACUACCUGUUGCCAUCGACGACGAAAAUUUAACAGAUUAUUUCGCUGGAGCUAAUCUCCCGCAAAAGUAUCCGUCGCUCAUGACCGGCGCUAUUGCUUUGACAACCCUGUACCAAAUUGCGGGACGGGUUCUGCGGCAGGUCUAUGCCAUCGAUAACUGCAAGGAAGUGAUCGACCAAGAGAGACGCGUAGAACUUCAGCGUUCUGUAGAGGAGCUCGACGACGAGCUUAACAAGUGGUGCGAUGAUCUUCCUGCUACAUUCAGGAACGAGGCAGUCACCGAGAAACACGUUUCUAUGGGCGCGGUGCUUUGCAGCCAUUACUAUUCCGUUUUAACCACGCUACAUCGCAAUUUUUUGCCGGUCAAGCGUGACCAGCCUGUAUCACCUAAAUCCACUGCCAGGGCUGUUUCAUCUGCCCGCUCCUGCAUACGACUAGCGCCAUCUAUCAGCAAUGUAGUUCCACCAUCACACCACCUUGCCUUCUUCAUCCAACAUCUUUUUAGCUCCGCUGUCAUCGUCCUGCUCUAUGCCAUGCACUGCUCUGAUGCUAGAGCAGCUGCCGCCGCCAUGGAUGAGGCCAAAAGUUGUUUGACGGCACUCGAAUCUUGGGAAGGACAUUGGCCGGGGGCUCGCAAAUGCAAGGAGCUGCUCGCGGAGCUGACAAACACCGCAGAGGAAGCAAUCAGAAAGGGCAAUGGCGAUACUAGACAUGCUCAGAUGAUGCCCAUGGCACCUCCUGUCGCACCUGCUAUGCUUGAACGAAGGCGAUCGCUUGUGUCGUCCCCCGGCCAAGUUCCAACGGUCAAUAGACCUAUCAAGAGCAAGCCACGGAAGAUCAGCCGAUCGCGAGAUCCCGCUUCCACUCGCCGCCCGAUGACUUCAUCCCCCUAUCGUGUUGAAUCGCAACGCAAUAGGUCUACAUCACGCAAACGUGGCCACGACGAGAGCGAGGGAAUUGCAGGCCAAAGCUUGAGCUACCAAGGUGCCUUCUCCACCCCACAGGCGUCGAAACACAGCCCCCACAGCUCACCAGCGUCUGUGAACCUCCCAUCACCGUCCAUGUCCACACUCGAGACCCCGCAGCAGCAAGAGGGUAGCCCAAAUAUCAUGGGUUCUCCGCCGUAUGGUUAUUCAGGGCCCCCUCUAUCGCCUCUGCAUGUCUCGUCGCCAUAUGAUUAUGGCAUGCAUCACAGUCCCCUUGUUUCUUCGAGCACGCGCCAGUGGGACACUAAUACAGUCGAGCCUCGUGGGACUGAUUUGUACCCAUCUCCUUCGCAUAGCAGUUCUCUUCCAUAUGGCAAUUACGAACAAUCACAUUCCAAUACGGACACUGCGUGGUACUCUCCAGACCAAGGAUACUCGGGCCUUUCAACCACCCCGCCCACCGCUUCAUUCGCUGCUCCUGGACUACCGUUCCUGGGGCUUGAUUAUAUUCGCAACUACAACUCAAAUGGUUACUCAGUAGGUGGCGAACCAGAUUCUAUCUGGCAAACUUUUGAUGCUGGCGCAUUUGGGUUCGAUCCUGAGUUGCCCUUCACCCUUGGUGAUGCACCAUCAGAGCUUCACGAAGGGCAACACUCCUCGCCGCCGCACCCUUAAUGCCUUUACAGGACGCUUCUCGCUAUUGUGUUUUCUUAGUCGACAAUGUACUUCUACGGUUUUUUUUUUUACCUUCUUCACCUCCUCAUUUGCCUACGAAUAUCUGAUUCUCAAUGAAUGAUAUCCAUAUGUACGCAAUGCUCUUGGCUGUUUUGUUUGAUUGACCACUCUGCUACUUAGAGUCCAUGUCAUUUUUCGCGCUCAGAAAUUAUCCACUACUAAUUCUUGACUUCCGGGGCUUCUAAGACCAUACCAGUACAAUAUUGUAAUUUGGGACAUCGAUGAGGGCUUGUACUACGUACCACUUAGCAAUCACGCCGACUACACCGGCUCCGGCUCGGGUAUGAGGUUUACCGUUAGUCCGAGAAUCCGAGAGUUAGGCGCCCACCGCUUAAACUGGCU